AUGUUCGAAAGCAAUUUUUAUGAGAUUUUUUUGAACCCAGAUUAUGCAUCCGGACAAAUUUCUGGACUUCAAGCAAACCUGCUGAACCCAGAGUCUGGUCCAGACAGAUUUACACUUGCAAGGUUUGAAAAUUGUCCGGACACCACCAACAUUCUGGCAAUCUGGGUUCCCUAG